UACAUAUUUCCCGCUACGCAUGCGCAUUCGCGCACUGUGGUUCGACCUCUGCAGUCGAGAGACCCGGGCUUCAACCAGACUUGACGGAACCGGUUAAAAAACUACUUGAAGUUGAAAAUGUACGCCUGUGCAAAGUUUGUGUCCUCGCCGGCUGUGGUCCGUGCUGGUUCCCGGGCUCUUUACAGACCCCUGUCUGCCUCUGUGCUGUCCAGGCCUGAGGUCAAAACGGAGAGCACCGUUGCUCUGAUGCCACAGAGCCCCCUCACUCAGGUCACACUGAGGGGCUUCCAGACAAGCGCCGUCAGUCGGGACAUCGACACCGCCGCCAAGUUUAUCGGCGCCGGAGCCGCCACAGUCGGUGUAGCUGGAUCCGGUGCCGGAAUCGGGACCGUGUUCGGCAGUCUGAUCAUUGGCUAUGCUAGGAACCCAUCUCUGAAGCAGCAGCUCUUCUCCUAUGCCAUCCUGGGAUUUGCCCUGUCUGAAGCCAUGGGACUUUUCUGUUUGAUGGUUGCUUUCCUCAUCCUGUUUGCUAUGUAAAACUCUGCUGUUCAACUUUCAUUACAGAUGUGACUACACUUUAUUCUGGCUUCCUCAAUUGUUCUGUGUCGAUGUCAAGGAAAUGUACAUUUUCAAGGCUUUUGAGCACUGUCAAAAUGAGCAAAGACAUGUAUUGUACAAAUGUAAGAAAUUACGUGAUUAAAAUACAUGUAUUUGGCUAUUUAACAGAAGCGCUAGAGUUCAUGUCUGGCAAACUUCACUCGACCAAAAGCAGCUUUUGUGAAUGUCAUCUUUUCUACGAUCAGCUGCAGAAGACUUGCCUUGCUUCCUCGAAGCAUCACCUUGGAAGCGGUUUGGGGCCACCGACAUGACACUUGACACUGCAAUUUAAAUAGUUCUGGUUUUAGGCACAAAGAGUGUUGUCUUUUGUAAAUGACAAUGAAUAAAUUAGAACAUUUAAAAUGAUAUGGAGAAUAUUAUGCUGGCCUGUUUUGGAUUGGAGAUUCUGAAAUAAAUGUGAGGUAGUUCUA